AAGAUCCAACGGAUAAAGAGGUUGCACAACAUAUUAUUAAACUUAUUUCAAAGGCUGAUAAGUUCUCUUGGGUAUAUCACAAGUGUAAUAUAAUGAAAAAUUCAAGUUCAUUUACUUAUUAUUGUAAUUGUCGCGAGGAGUUAAAAAAUAAAAAACCACGGGUAGAUAAUAUUUCUAACAGAAGAGAUACAAUGCCGCGAAUUGAUCGGUAUGCAUGUAAUGGAACUAUUCAAAUUAAUAUUGAACGUGCUUAUAAUUUGGCAGUGGUUAGCAUAUACCAUUAUCUUCACUCACCGCCUGAAAUGAUGGAUGUUUCUAUUCAAAUUCGCAAUUAUAUUAUUGAGAACAAUUUACUAACAGUUCCUCAACUUUAUGAAAAUAUCAAAAAUGAAAAAAUUGAUGGAUUUUUACAUAUCACACGGCAUCAAAUUUAUUAUUGGUCUAAGAAAUUGGCUGUAAAAAAAUACAAGUUAGCAGACAAUCAAUUGGAAUCAGCUCGAUUAUACUUGGAAAAUAAUUCCACAAUGAUUGAUCGCACAAAUCAGGAACAAUUGCUAAAUGAAAGGGAUAAAGUUUUUUGCAAAAAAAACUUUCGUAAAAAAAUUCUUCAGCUUGUUCAAGUUCAUUUUUUAUGGCAUCCAAUGAUACCUAUAGAACGCCCGCCAAACUUUUUAAAUAUGAACCAAAUUUGGAUUGAAAGCAUUAAAGAACAAUAUACUUUUUGUUAUCAAAAUGAUCUUAAACAUGUUUGGGCCUAUUUAUGGUCUGAGUGGUACCAACCCGAAGCAUGGAAGUUAUGGGCUCGUGCAUCAAGUUUCCAACUUAAUAUUUUGCGAACUACGAUGACUAUUGAAAAACCAGGAUUUUAUAGAAAGGUAAUUCGUCAAGAAUUUUAUCCCUUGUUGGAAGUCAAGGAAAAGAAUGCCUUUGCCGAUUUACCAGAAAACCUAUAUUCUGCAAUUGAAAACUUAGAUUGCUCUUAUUAUAUUCAUGAAGCAGUUGUCCAUAAUGAUGACCCUCAAGUUGAUAAUCAAGAAAUAUCGAUCGAAGUUAUUAAUUCAAAUGAAAAUCAAGAUAUCGAUAUAGAUGUCAACAAUCAAGAUAUAAUCUUGUACCAGACCCGUAAACAAGAAAUUUUUAACCU